AUGGAAAGCACCGACACCUACGCUUCCAUCGCCCUGGAACCCCUCGAGCGCGGAUUUGCCACUACUGUGGGUAACCCCCUGCGUCGUCUGUUGCUCAGCUCUAUACAGGGCACCGCCAUCACGUGGGUAAAAAUCGACGGGGUCCCCCACGAAUACUCCGUAAUUCCGGGCGUUAAAGAAGAGGUUAUGGACCUCCUGCUUAGCGUCAAGCGGAUCCGGAUUCAUGCAAUUACGAAGCGGGCUGGCAAAAUGCGCCUGGACAUCAACGGCGAAGGCCGUGUAUGUGCCGGCGACAUUGCCACAGCCAGCGAUUACCAGAUAAUCAACCCCGAACUGCAUCUGGCCACACUGGACAAUCCCGACGUUUCCCUGUCCAUCGAAUUCAACGUCGAAUCGGGAAAGGGUUAUCAGCAGGUAUCCCAGGCCGAUAACAUGGUGGGUUUGCCGGUGGGCGUACUGCCCGUUGACGCCAUCUACAACCCCGUCCGCAAGGUCGAAUACUCUGUGGAGCGGAUGAUGGUCGGUCAGCAAACCGACUGGGAGCGGCUUAUCCUGCAGGUGUGGACUGACGGCGCCGUGACGCCGCUGGCCGCCAUCCAGGAAGCGUCCGAAAAUCUGGUUCAGCACUUUUUUAUGUUCAACCAGCUCAGCCGCCCGCCCGAUUCUCCGCUGGAUACUUCCAAUCUUCCGGUGGCGUCCGAGGUUUACCUCAUGCCUAUCGAACGACUGGACCUUUCCUCACGCACCCUCAACUGUCUCAAGCGCGCCAAGCUUCACCGCGUCGGCCAGGUCCUGGACUUAAGCGAAGACGACCUGCUGGGAAUCCGUAAUUUCGGUCAAAAAUCACUGGAAGAACUCCAGGGCAAAUUGAACGAACUCGGAGUCGCCGCACCCAGGGUAGUCGGCCUCGCUGGCGAACUGGAUUAUGAAGGGGACAUAGAUAUCCCCAUCGACGGCUCAUUGGUUUUCGAUCCCGGUGACGGUGACGAUGACCCCGACUAUGAUUUUGAGGACGACGGAGCCUAA